GAAAAAAAACAAGCAGAUCAGUGCGUGGUAAAACCCCCCAUUUAAAUGAACUUGAACUUGUAGACGAGACCACAAUACAAAGUCAACAGUAUUAUAGUCAUCAUCAUCAUCAACAUCACCACAACCAUGCGUCGUCAUGUCUAUUAUGGUUAUUUGUUAACAAUUUAUCUUCGUUAUAUAUUAUAUUUUAACUCACCUUCGAUAUGCUGUGUAGCAGCAGCUGAUGCAGCAGCAGCUGCUGCUGAUGCAGCUUUUAGUGGUGAUUAUCAACAAGUGAGAAAGCUUCGCCAGCAAAGUGAAAAACCCAAUAUUGUUAUUAUUUUAAUAGAUGAUAUGGGUUUCAACGAUGUCAGCUUUCAUGGCUCCAAUCAGGUGAUAACGCCCAACAUCGAUGCUUUGGCCUAUAAUGGCAUUAUAUUGAAUAGAAACUAUGUGCCCAAUUUGUGUACACCCUCUAGGUCUACUUUAUUAACUGGGAAGUAUCCCAUACAUACAGGUAUGCAUCAUUUUGUUAUUGUCAACGAUGAACCCUGGGGUCUUCCUUUGAAUCAACGUCUAAUGCCUGAGUUAUUCCGUGAUUCUGGCUAUUCUACUUAUUUAGUGGGUAAAUGGCAUUUGGGUUUCUAUCGCAAAGAGAUGACACCUUUAUAUCGGGGUUUUGAACAUCAUUUGGGUUAUUAUUCGGGCUAUAUAGGUUACUAUGAUCAUACGUUAAAGAUGUUGAACCGCAACUAUUCCGGUUUGGAUAUGCGUCGAGAUUUAGAACCUUGCCCCGAAUUGUCGGGCAUCUAUGCCACCGAUUUAUUUACCCGAGAAGCGGUACAUGUUAUUCGGAAUCAUAAUGUCGAAAAGCCUUUAUUUUUACUAAUGAGCCAUUUAGCGGUUCAUACGGGUAAUGAGGAUAAUCCCAUGGAGGCUCCUGAGGAAGAACUGGAGAAGUUUGAUUACAUCUCCGAUCCCCAGAGAAGGGCCUAUGCGGCCAUGCUAUCACGUUUGGAUCAAAGUGUAGGUCUGACGGUCAAGGCCUUGGCCGAUAAGGGUAUUUUAGAUAAUACUAUAAUACUAUUAUAUUCUGAUAAUGGAGCCCCCACGGUGGGUAUUCAUGGAAAUAUGGGUUCAAAUUAUCCUUUUAGGGGGCAAAAAGAGUCCCCCUGGGAGGGAGGCAUACGUUCGGCGGGUCUAAUCUGGAGUCCUCUUCUAAAGCAAAAGAAUUAUGUUAGUAAUCAAGUAACACAUGCUAUUGAUUGGCUGCCUACCUUGGCGGCUGCGGCCAAUAUUUCUCUACCUGAAGAUCUCAAUUUAGAUGGUAUUAAUCUUUGGUCCGCUUUAAGUGAGGCUCAAGAACCCCAACCCCGUAGACUUUUACAUGUUUAUGAUAAUAUUUUUGGCUACAGUUCUUAUAUGCGUGGAAAUCUUAAAUAUGUUAAUGGUUCUUCCUUCGAGGGAAAAUAUGACACCUGGCUGGGCGAUAUCAAUCAAGAAGAAAAGGAUCCUUUAAGUAAAAAUUAUGAAGAAAAUAUAUUGAAUUCUUUGGUUCAACAAACACUCAACAAUGAAAUUGUUAACAAACAAUUAAUCCAAAAUUUAAGAAAACAAUCCAUUCAUACAUGUCCCCUAAAUAGUGAGAAUUAUACUAAGGAUAUAUACAAAUGUCAACCCCUCAAGGCCCCUUGUUAUUUCGAUAUAGAAAAGGAUCCCUGCGAACGUUAUAAUCUGGCCAAUUUAUAUCCUUUACAAGUGGAAAUAUUGGCUCAAGAAGUCAAGGAGUAUAGCUUGGGCUUAACACCUAGCGCUAGAGUACCCUUCCCGGAUGCUGGCUGUAAUCCUUUAAGAUUUCAGGGCAAUUGGCAAUGGUGGUAUGAUACCCCCAACAUCUCAAAAGCGGCUCACAUUACUGGCAUUACCUGUAAUAUUUUACUUUUAACAUUUAUUUUAAAUUUAAUUUUCUAAAAAUUUUGUAUUGAAUUUUUCCAAAAAAAUGUGAUAUUUUUUAUUUAAAUUUUUUGUUUUAAAUAAAAUUGGUUUUAAAAAAUUU